AUGAAUAAUUUCAGUUCUCUAUCAGUAUGGGAUUAUUCAUCAAAUGGUCUAAAUGUACCAUUAUUACCAAUUUCAAUGGAACAUAAUGAUACUCCUACUACUACUACUACUACUACUAUUACUCCUAUUAUUACCACUACUACUACUACUACCACUAUUACUACUACUACUACUGCUAGUAGUAGUAGUACUACUACUACUACUUGUACUACUGCUACUAAUGCUACAAUCAUUAAUUCUAAUACAGCUAUUCAUCAUACCUUAACAAAUGCUUAUAUGCAAAUACAACCUGAAAUUCAAACUUCAGCAGAAACAAGUAGUAGCAAUAAUACAAUUGAUUCAACAUUACGACAUCAUCAUAAAGGAGGAGGAAUAUCAAAAAUGGAUGAUGCAUAUAAUUUUCCUCUUUAUCUUGGUAUUAAUGAAUCAUCACCAUCACCAUCAUCAUCAUCAUCAUCAUCAUCAUCAUCAUCAUCAUCAUCAUCAUCAUCAUCAUCAACAACAACAAUAACAACAACAACAACAACAACAACUGUUUGUCCCCAAAAUAAUUUAAUUGGAUGGGAUAAUAAUCGAAAACGAAAUAAACGAAAUAUGAUUAAUAUAAAAUCAUCAAAGCAUUACAUACAAAAUAGAUCUCGAUCAUUAUUGGAUACAAAUCAACGUAGCCAAGUUCAAAGGCCAUAUAGGCCAAUUUAUGCGAUGAAUUUGGCUAAUACUAUUUCUACUUCUACUUCUUCUUCUUCUUCUUCUUCUUCUACCACAACAACUACUGCUGCUAUUAUUGAUGAUGUUUCGACUACUUUGAAAGAAUUACCACAACAAUCAAAGCAAAUUUAUGAAACUAUAUCUGGCUAUUCAUCAGAUAUAUCAUCAUUUCCGGAAACGGAUCAAUGUAAAUUAUCAGGAAUAAAAGCUACGAUAAGGACCAUUUCUCGGCAUUAUUCUCCGGUUGAAAAUAUAUCCAAUCGGCAAUUUUUGGAAUCUAACGAACGUGAACAACAACAACAACAACAGCAACAACAACAACAACAACAAAACAACAGCAACAACAACAACAUCAUCAUCAUCAUCAUCAUCAUUAUCAUCAUCAUCAUCAUCAACAUCAGCAUCAGCAACAUCAACAAUUAA